GUGUGACUGGUGGAUCAGGGUGUGUUGUAGUUAGUGACUGGGUAGUUGACUCUGUGUUCUGCUGUCACCUGGACUGAAGCUUAAAGUACUACACCUGACUGAAGCUUAAAGUACUACACCUGACUGAAGCUUAAAGUACUACACCUGACUGAAGCUUAAAGUACUACACCUGACUGAAGCUUAAAGUACUACACCUGACUGAAGCUUAAAGUACUACACCUGACUGAAGCUUAAAGUACUACACCUGACUGAAGGUGACAAGUAUCUCUCUGUUCUUGCAUGCACACACACGCCUCCCCCCAGCAUUGUGUAGUGUUGUGUUUAAGGUGUUGCUAGGGUCUGACUGACGUAACCAACAGUAGAAUAACAGUUUCACAGACAGGCAAAACUGAGAGCCCUGAUAGCUACUUCCUACACACAAAAAUGCAUGCAUGCAUGCGCGAGCUCACACACACACAAGCACACACACAGACCGCGCCACACUACCAACGAAACCACUGUUGACGCUGCUCUGCACCAGAAAUUAGCAACCAACAACAUACUCAUACCCCUCUCCCGCCACAUUGGACAUCAGAACAGCUUGCUGCUGCCACAUUGGACAUCAGAACAGCUUGCUGCUGCCACAUUGAGACACACAUACAGAGGAAGGCAUGCCUGACAUAGACUGUUGACUCCUGGAGUGACAGAGGACCUGUCAGUUGUUCUACUACUGAGUGACUGCUGUUUCAUCCAUCCAUCUGCUGAUGUCAUCCUCUGAUCUGACCUCUCACCUGAUCUCUACCUGCACCUCAUCAGACUGACUCACCUGGAGAGGCCACCUACCUGGUGGAACUAGAGUUCCUCUCCUGUCGUCCUGAUGUGGGAGAGGCAGCUUUGGGUACAGAAUUAAUGUGUGUGUUUGUUUGUGAGCUGUGGGUUUGAUUGAGUGUAUAAGAGUAUGAAUCUGAACGUCUCUGGUCUGUGGGAGGAGCUUCCUGUUAACUCCUCCGUGCGGUGUCCCUAUCAUGUGAUUGGUUGGGAGCCACAAAUGGAGCAGCUGUACUUUUGGUUCUACCUGCUGCUCUUCAUCCCUGGUCUCUGCCUCAACACCACGGCUCUCUGGGUGCUAUGUAGACACAUCAGUAAGAAGACCAAGGCAGUGAUCUUCAUGGUGAACCUUGCUCUAGCUGACCUACUCCAUGUCAUGUCUUUGCCUCUGAGGAUCCACUACUACCUGACACACACCUGGCCCUUUGGACAAACACUGUGUCUGUUCUGUUUCUACCUCAAAUACCUCAACAUGUAUGCUUCCAUCACCUUCCUGGUGUGUAUCAGUGUCCAGAGGUGUGUGUUUUUGCUACAGCCCUUCUAUGCCAGGCGGUGGAGACGGCGUUAUGACCUGUUGAUCAGCGCCACCGUGUGGCUGGUGGUGGGAAUAGGUUGUUCCCCUUUUAUUAUCAUGAGGAUCAGCAACAGCACUGUACCCAGUCAAUACACCCCUAGCCCCAGUACCAGUCUUAUACCCAGCUCUAACCCCAGCCAUUACACUGGUAGUCCUAUUCAAUACUCCACACCCUCCACCUUACCUUAUACAAGCUCCAGCCCCAGCGGCUGUUUUAAGGACCUGCCCACCAGGAAACUUCCACUCCCCCUUGUGGCAGCCAUGAUGGUGCUUGCGGAGCUGUUUGGGUUUGUGUUACCGCUCAGUGCCAUCAGUUACUGCUCUCUCCGGAUCGCUCACUCACUGAGACAGAGACAGGACAGAGAACACCACCACAACCACCGCUGCCCCUCGUCCAGCCAGGCCCAACCCUCAGUCCAGACAGACAGAGAGCACCACCACAACCACCACUGCCCCUCGACCAGCCAGGCCCAACCCUCAGUCCAGACAGACAGAGAGCACCACCACAACCACUGCUGCCCCUCGACCAGCCAGGCCCAACCCUCAGUCCAGACAGACAGAGAGCACCACCACAACCACCGCUGCCCCUCGUCCAGCCAGGCCCAACCCUCAGUCCAGACAGACAGAGAGCACCACCACAACCACUGCUGCCCCUCGACCAGCCAGGCCCAACCCUCAGCCCAGAUUAACAGGCAGAUGGACAAAGAUAAGCGUCGCGCCCUGAGGAUGGUUAUGAGCUGCUCGGCUCUAUUCUUGUUCUGUUUUGCUCCGUACCACAUAAAUUUCCUGUUGUACGUGAUGGUGUCUCAGGAUAUAGUGUCCCACUGCCCCACGAUGCUGGUGGUGCGUCAUUUCCACCCUGUUUCUCUGUGUGUAGCCAGUCUUUCCUGCUGUCUGAACCCUUUGUUAUAUUACUUCCUCACUGCAGAGUUCAGACAGCACCUCUCCCAACGCACCUCCUCCCUCUCCUCCUCCAUUAGAGGCCGGCUCAUGAGCCUGGAAAGCACCUCCUCUUUUAGGGAGUAACAACUCCUGUAGGGAGCACUUUGUCUCCUCCUCCUCUCCUCAAUCAAUCAAAUGUAUUUACAAAGCCCUUUUUACAUCAGCUGACGUCAAAAAGUGCUGUACAGAAACCUAGCCUAAAACCCCAAACAGCAAGCAAUGCAGGUGUAGAAGCACGGUGGCUAGGAACAACUCCCUAGAAAGACCAGAACAUAGGAAGAAACCUAGAGAGGAACCAGGCUAUGUGGGGUGGCCAGUCCGUUUCUGGCUGUGCCGGGUGGAGAUUAUAAACCUAGAGAGGAACCAGGCUAUGUGGGGUGGCCAGUCCUCUUCUGGCAGUGCCGGGUGGAGAUUAUAAA